CGUAUAUAAGCGAAUGAGUGCCGCCGCCGUUUUGGAUUCCACUCCAGUCUAGUGGAGGCUUGGUAACGGUGCCAGGCAGGCGUUGAUGGCAGCCGCCGCGGGCCAAAAGACUUCCGGCGGCGGAGCAAAGACUGGAGCCUCGGCCUCCUCCUCGAAAAGCUCUGACUGUACUGGAAAGCAGGCCUGGCAUUUCUGGUGAUAUGAUGCCUGAGCAGUGACAAAACAGAUAGACCCAGUUUCUGAAAAAAUAGCAGAAAUUAGCAUCUUUUGGGACAGUGAUGGCUUUUCCUGUUGAAUUUGAAUAUGGAGGCCACAGGGACAGAUGAAGUAGAAAAAAUAAAAUCAAAGUUUAUGUCAGCAUGGCACAAUAUGAAAUACAGCUGGGUAUUGAAAACAAAAACUUACUUUAGCAGAAAUUCUCCUGUCUUUUUGCUUGGGAAAUGUUACCAUUUCAAGACUGAUGAGCCAACUGAGGAGUCACCAAAUGGAUCAAAUUAUGAUUUAACAGAAGAUGGAAUUUCAAGAAAUGUUGAAGAGUUCCGUAAAGACUUUAUUUCUAGAAUAUGGCUGACAUACAGAGAAGAAUUUCCUCAAAUCAAGGGCUCAGCAUUAACAACAGAUUGUGGCUGGGGCUGCACCCUGAGGACUGGCCAGAUGCUUCUGGCACAAGGGCUUAUUCUUCAUUUUCUUGGUAGAGACUGGACCUGGCCAGAUGCAUUUGUCAUUGAAAAUCCAGACUCUGAAUCAUGGACAAGUCACACAGUAAAAAAACUCACAGCAUCACUUGAAGCAUCUCUAACAAGAGAGAGGGAAUUCAAGAAGCAGCCAAGCCCUCCUAAUCAAAUCCCAAAAGGGGAGUGGGGAAAAAGAGAAAGCAGAGAGGAACAUUACCAUCGAAAAAUAAUAUCUUGGUUUGGUGAUUCUCCAUUUGCAAAUUUUGGCUUACAUCGACUGAUAGAAUAUGGAAACAAGUCUGGGAAAAUAGCUGGAGAUUGGUAUGGGCCAGCUGUUGUAGCUCAUCUUCUGAGAAAAGCUGUGGAAGAGGCAAGAGACCCUGAAUUGCAAGGAAUAACUGUCUAUGUAGCUCAGGAUUGUACAGUUUACAAGUCUGAUGUUGUUGAAAUGCAGUAUUCUUUCAUGGAUUCUGAAAAGUUAGAUGCCAAAUCUGUGAUUAUAUUAAUUCCCGUGAGGCUUGGUGGCGAAAGAACCAACAUGGAAUACCUAGAGUUUGUGAAGGGAAUUUUGAGUCUUGAAUACUGUAUUGGCAUUAUUGGCGGCAAACCAAAGCAGUCAUAUUAUUUUGCUGGAUUUCAAGAUGACAGCUUGAUUUACAUGGAUCCUCAUUACUGCCAGUCUUUUGUAGAUGUCAGCGUAAAGGAUUUCCCCCUUGAGUCAUUCCACUGCCCUUCUCCGAAGAAAAUGUCUUUUAAAAAAAUGGAUCCUAGCUGCACAAUAGGGUUAUAUUGUCCAAACGUCCAAGGUUUUGAAAGAGCAUCUGAAGAAAUAACUAAGAUUCUGAAAGCUUCAUCUAAGGAGAAAUACCCCUUAUUUACUUUUGUAAACGGACAUUCUAAAGACUAUGAUUUUGUGAUGAGUCCAACCCAGGAAGAGAGAGCCCUCUCCUCUGAGGAUGAAAACACAAAGUUGAAACGUUUUAGUACUGAGGACUUUGUUUUGCUGUGAGGACACUUUUAUGUAUUCAUUUAAAAUGUUUUAAGCCCCUUCUUUUUGCCUGUUCAGAUUUUUAACAUAACUUAACAGCAGGAUAAAAGUUAAUAGAUAAAACAUGAACAAAAUAGAAAUCUGUAGAACAGGUAGCAAUAAAGCAAUAGAAUAACCAUGAAUUAUAGGUAUUCUCAAAUAUAUUUUUACCUGUUGUCUAAAUGCCAGCUGGGAGAGAGAGUAAGCCCCAUCUUUGAGAUAUAGUUCCUCAGUAUAGGUGCUGCUACUCAAAAUGCUGUGCUCUGCAUAGACACUUCAAACACUUCCAAGCCUCUGACAGUGACUCAGGUCUGAUCUUCCAAGAUGGUGUCCACCAUACCAUCUGUCAAUAGUGAGUUCAACAUACUGGAGAUAUAGCCCAAAUUAGCAUGAACACAAUGAUUUACCAACUUGGCUUGCCUGAUGGGGAGGAAGAAAGACAGUGGGUGAAAGGAAGGCCAUCUCUUAGCCUAUUCCAACAUAUGUAUCAAGCAGCACGACGUAUGACAUCAGUGUUUUAUAUAUUAAUUGUCAUAAUGUAGAGAGAUCUUGUAGCACCUUUGAGACCAACUGAAAGAAAGAAGUUGGCAGCAUGAGCUUUUGUAGACUACAGUCUACUUCCUCAGAUAAAUAAUGAGCUAUAUUAGAGAUGGUACCCAAGCCGAAACACAAAAUUCACUUAUGUUUCAUAUACACCUUAUACACAUAGACUGAAAGUAAUUUUAUACAAUACAGGAUGACUGGUUAUUCUGUUCAUAAGCCCAAAAGUUCCUAAAGGGGUUUACAGUAUGUUGUUUACCAUAAGCAUCAUAAUAGGAAUUAAAGUUUUGUUUAAUAUAGAAAGUGGCAUAAUUCAUUAAAAACAGGAUUAACAAUUCUAAGGCUUGAGAAAAUGGUAGGUUUUUCACCUGUGUUGAAAAGAUAACUAACUCCUGGGUAGACAUUCCAAAGACAGUAUGCAUAAUGAUAGAGAGAAAAUAAAGAACUUUUGGAAGAUGUCGAAGGAUAAUCAAUGCAGUAAACCAAUGGAUGCCUCUUGCAGAUCUGCGCUUGAUUGGUGAUGGGAACCAAUUGACAAUGGUGACCAGGGCCCAAAAAACCAUCUAAUUAAAAAUAAUAAUUGUAAGCCACUCUGAUAGCCUUUAGGGCUGAAGGGCGGGUUACAAAUACCAUAAAUAAAUAAAUAUAAAAUGUAUGGGAUAAAUAAGGCAGCUUUGGGGGCAUGGCGGUCAAACGAUGCAUGCUCCCAAAGUUGCUGGAAGCUGCUCUGGUGCUGCAGUCUGGUCCAGGAGCAGAUUAAAUCCAACUCCUGGAGGCAUUGGUUUGGGACCAUGGCAGCAGCCCACUUUGGGAGUGGGCCAUGUGGUUGCUGUGGUCCCAGCCCGAUCACAACCAGAGUGGCUUCUGACUGUUCCUUCCAGGCCAUCUGGUCAGGGCCCAGGUUUGCCCAUGCAUACUGAAAAGGGCUGAGACCUAAUAGCAGCUCCAUUCACUUGCUUCAAGCACUAAAACCACCACUGACCAUCGAAAGAGAAACAGGCCCCACAUGGUUGUCACGGAAGUUACAGUCCACUUGGCAAAAGGCAUGUCUCUCCUUUGUUUGAUCUAAAACAGAUGUCAUUGAGGCCAAACAUAUGAAGUUUGCUCGUGAAAAUGCCCAAAUUUUCCCAAUGUGUACAUAUGGCUUAGGAAAUGAUGUUAGGUAGUCAUUGUCUUCGUACUGCACUCCAGCUCUGCAGCACAUAGUGCUACUUGUAGCUGUUACAGAAGAUGUUGAACAGCUGAGUUAUGUUAUUGAGCCAAUCUAUACUGAGGUAAAUACAGUCCUUGAAACAAUACUGUCAGUGCAUGCCAAACUUGGUGUUAUCUUUAUGUCCUGAAAGUGAAUGCUGACAAAGUCCCUUCAAAAAUACAUGAAUAAGUGGCAUGUGCUCUUAAAUUUUAAAAUGUUGCAAUUUAAUUUUUAUCUUUAAAAUAAUCUUUUGUAAAUGUCUAAAUUAUUUUUUUAACAAUAGAUAAACAUAAUGAAGUGUUGUACUUGUAAAAUCAGAUAUUGUCAUUCAGAUGUGGAAGAAUGUUGAUGUGCCAGGCUUGAUCUCUCAGAUGUGUUAUGCAAUGCUUUGCAAUUUCUAACCAUUCUGGAUUCAGAUGGAUCCCUGACAGUGGACGGAUUCAUUUGUUAGUUAAUUUUUUAUUUAGGUUCCAUUUUUAUUUCAUAUUGCUGGUGAUGCCUUAUCAAAGUAACCAAAGCACAGGUAUUAUUUGUACAUUGUAAUAUGGUUCAGUUCAGCAGGUUAUCAGUCAGCCCAUUUAAGGGAGAAAGACAAGUGAAGUAGCCUAUGUUGUGAGUUUCCAAUUUGGAUUAAAAUGUUUUGAGAACACGUAUUUAAGAUAUCACUUUGUUUUUAACCUAUGCUUAAUGUGGCUCAAGAGCCAGACAAUAAAAAUAUUAGUGUUACUCUGCCUGAA